AUGUCCGGAGAUGCGCAGCCCAACUCGAAACAACGUGCUACCGAAGCACGACCGCCGCCUUCGCCCCCUUUAAUCAAGGAGAAGGCCGCGAUUGGCGCCCUUGUGAGUCCCUUUUUCCACAUUGUGAACCUAUUGGAACCGUUGACGCGUUCGGGAGGGUCUAGACGGUCUUAAAGCUCUCAAAUUUGGCCCUAAACAUCCACAAAGGUACUAGUUUUGGUCCCAAAGAUGUAAGAAUGUCCUAAGCGGUUAGAAAUGUACUAGAAGGUUCAACAGUGCUCAAAAGUUGGACCUUGGAGGAUCUAGAAAGGCCCUAGACGGUUAGAAUAGUACUAGGAAGUUCAAAAAUUGAUCCCAAAGGUCCAGAGAUGUCCUAGAACGUCUGAAAGUGCUUACAGUUGAUCCUAGAUGGUUAGGAAGAUGCUAGAAGGUUCAAAAGAUGGUUUGAAGGUCUAGAAUUCUCCUAGGAGGGUUAAAAGGUGCUAAUCCUAGGAAAAAUCUUAUUAAGUACGGUAAAAUCCACGUUUUUAAUUAUUUUCAACUUGAAAUAGUCAAAAUUCAUUGAACUGCCAGGGACCGAUCCAAGUUUUGCAUUUUAAAUCAAAACGAACUCGUUACAGUUAAUUUAUCAAGGUAAUACUUUCGGAGACCGAUACACUACCGAAAGUUACUGUUUCCGAGUGUUGUGAAACAUGAACAUUUACUUUUUCACUAAUCGACAACUAUUCGAAGUCAAAUUGAAGCCAAGUUAAAAUAGUUCUGUUCCUAAAUACCCGUUUCUAUAAAUAGCCCGUUUAUUUGCUCGCCCGCUUACCUCAUCGGGCUCUAAGAGUAAUGUACACUUUGUCCGGGAAGAGCACACCGAUUAGUGAUCUCGAAAACACAAAAAGACGGUCCCAAUCGAUAGCGCCUGCGGUCCCCGGCCAAUCGAUGCCCUCUCAGAUUACCGUACUCCCCUUCCCUUUCGGGUGAUAACGUGUUUCUCACUCCCUCUUUCUUUCUUUCUUUUUCUAUUUUUGUCCGAUUGGGAGGCACCGGAAAGCGUGGGCGUAGGGCAAGAAAGAAAGAAAGAGAGAGAGAGAGAGAGAGAGAGAGAGAGAGAGAGAGAACCAAUUUCGAUGAAACAGUACACGUUCAAUUUCAAUUUUCGGUGUCUCUGCCAAGCUCCCAGACGUUUGAUCGCUCUGUUUUGUGUAAAAUUGAGCGGUCACCGAAAGAUCUCAAGCUUUUCGUCGUCUAAUCCCUCCGAGAGCUCAUAGAACAUAGCAACACAUGUUCGGUGGCGAAGAAAUAAACAAAACAAACGAUCGAUAAUGGCGGUAGGCGAACUUUUGGGUUCAAAGUACCAUCGGUCCCUCACAACGCAUCAACGGUCCGAUUGAUCACAAUGUUCCCCCACUUCUUCUUCUCCAUCUCUUUCUUCUUCUUCUUCCUCUCCUUCUUCUUUCUAUAUUUUCGUCCGUAUCACCUUCUCUCUCUUUCUCAUUUCUCGGCCGUCUCCUUCCAGUCCCCUACAGUAACCCUCCGUAAAUCCCCCAGUUCCCAAUUUCUGCUCAUUUUCAGUGCGUCGUUUGUGGAGAUCGUGCGUGCUCGCACCUCUACUACGGAGUUGCCGCUUGUCACGGAUGCAAGUGUUUUUUCUGGCGAACCGUCAAGAGUAGACUGAACUACGUGUGCCGAUACGGUGGAACCUGCUCGAUUUCCACCGGUGAGUUGGGGGAUACUGUUACACAAACCUUCUCAAAGAUAACGGCACUUACUUUGCUACUUUACUUUCGAGUCUAUGUAACUCAGCUACGUGUAGAGAUAUAAAAAAGUUGUCAACUAACGAAUUGUUCAGCAAGAAAUUUUGCACAUUUUAUUAGUUGACAACAUUUUGAUAUCUCUACCGGCAGCUGAGAUACAUCGUUUCGAAUAAACGAUAUUACAGCCUUUACUCAUUAUCUACGCGAUAGUACGGAAAAAAGAUUCCAUGAUUUCUAGUUGUCAACUUUCUGAAACCGUACUUUUGUCUAGACGAUCUAUUAAGGAGUUAAUCAGACUUGGUCCUUCUAGAAACCUUGCGAAACCAUUUGCCUGUUUUUUGGUCUCCACUCGAAACACUAAUCUAUGAAAUCACAUCAUCGGUCGGGCGAAAGUUUGCUCAUUUUCUCGAUCUGAUCCGCCCCCCACGCAUUGAGUACACAAAAAUGACUGGAAAACAAAUAAACAAGCCGACAAUAUCGAGAGAGAACUCCGCCUUGAUUCGUGUGUGUGUGUGAGAGAGUUUUGUUGUCGAAAACAACGAAAAACGAGUACAGUUCCUGUUCCGUUCAUUUUUGAAGCACUCAAAAAAGAGCCGAAUCUCUGCUAUUCCCUAGUCAAAUUUUGGAAGUCACCUAUAUUUCGCCAAAAUUUCGUGUAGGUCUCUAGACAAUUUCCGUUUUUUAGGCGCCUGUAGGGGUGUCUAGCAUUUUUUUGAAAUUAGAAAUGACUAUUCAAAGUCAUACUUUCAGCCGGCCGCAACGCUUGUCGCUACUGCCGUUUCAACCGCUGUCUGUCUGUCGGUAUGAAGAUGGAAGGUUCGUUUUCUUGUUCUCCGAGUCGACAAUAUCUCAUUUCGAUUUGCAGCGGUCAAAAUGGACCGUAAGGUGACGAAGCGCAAGCGAGAGAAGAUGUCGGAAGGCGAUGAGGUGGACGAGGGAGGAGUCGAGAACUACGAGAACACCGUACGUUUCGGGGGCUGAUCGGGAAAAAUGGGAGAAGAAGAGAAAGAAGAAGAAGAAGAAGAAGAAGAAGAAGAAGGCAACAAGUCCAUUCAAAACAAUGUUCACAAUGUGACAUAUUUUUGAUAUCUCUACCGUGACAGCCAAUAUUCCUUUGAAUGAACGACAUUGGGAUGCCCUUCUAUAAAAUGAGCUUAUUCUUUCUCUCUCUCUCUCUCUCUCUCUCUCGCUCUCUUUCCCUCUUUCGUAAUACUCUUGCAACUUAAAGUGUACUUUCUAAAACAUCGAACAACUUGCAUCCAAUGCACCAUGAGCAAAAGAAAGAGAGAGGGAGGGAUGCUCCUCUGUUUCACGUGCUCCUCAGCGGGCUCGAGGGGAGCACGGGGUGGCUCGGCGAGCACUGAGAGCAAGAGAAAAGAGAAUUAGAAUGGCGGAGAGGGGGAUGUGACGUUGGGAGACCAAGGCAUGCCUCAGCCCAAGUUGAAAGGGGCCAGAAUACAGGGGACCUCGAAGAUUUCAUUUUCAGGUCGAUGCGAAACGCGCGAAAUCGGACAAUCGUCUGUUGAUUUCGUCGCUGCUGCUCAUCGACAAAACGUCUUCGGACGGCAACGCGAAGCUCUCGUCGCUCCAUUUCGUGCAACCGUCGCUGACGAAUCUUCUCGACGAACCAGAACUUCUUGACGGUUUUCGCUCGGAAAUGUGUUAUCGAGCGACUCGACUGGCGGACGAACAAUUGUGCUACGACACUGAACGUCGGCUGGUUACUUGGGCAAUUGACUGGUGCCGUCAGACUGCUGAAAUUGGAGACGUGCACCACACAACUGAUAAGGUAGGAUUCAUCGAAACUCUCAGUAUGGUUUUGUUGCAGAUCGCUCUGUUGCGUGCGUGCUGCGCCUCGCUGGCCCUCCUCGAACUGGGCUGGCACAGUUCCAGCCAGUCGGACGCACAAAUUCCCUUGUCUAACAACUCUUUUCUAUUGACUCACGCCGUUCCACCGUCCAACUCGUAAGUCUUUCUCUCUCUCUCUCUCUCUCUCUCUCUCUCUCUCUCUCUCUCUCUCUCUUUCUCUCUCUCUCUCUCUUGCUCAGCUGAAACGAUAAUCUCCUAUGUCAGGUUCCUCAACUGGAAGACCGUACAGUCGUUGAGCAAGUGGACCCAACGUGAGCUCAAGCCACUUUGCCUCAAAGCCAAGGAGAUCGUGCUGUUGAAGGCCCUGAUUGUACUUAACCCGGGUAAGAAAUUGAGACUCGACGGUUUCCGGACGCCAUUACUUCUGGAAUUAGCCCCCCUCUUAUCAGUUUUAUUGCAUUUCCAUAUCUAUUUCGCAGCAGAAUCAUCACUAAUUCGAUACGAAUGACAUGUUGAUAACGGGCGGUUUCCGGUGCAGAGCACAAUGUCGUAGCGAGAGUGUGUGCUCGAAUUGAAAACAGAAAAGAGAUGGGGGUCUGUUUGAAAGGAAUCAAGGAUUGAGUUGCAGAUGCUCACGGCCUGUCCUCGGACGCCGAAUCGUCGAUCCGUAUGCUGCGCGAGCGAGUUCACACCGCUCUCUUCCAACUGCUCACCGAGAACUGCGAGCCCAUCGCCGCCGCUUCCCGUCUUGCUCAUAUCCUUCUCCUCAUUCCUCAACUUGCGGUUAGUUCUGUUCCCACCGGUAGACACCAACAACCCGUACUUGAGUUUCAGUUGAUGGGUGUCGAUGUGAUCGAGCAAGUGCGCGUACGUAACACCUUCAAAAAGCGCUCGGCCGAUGGGGACGGCCUUCUGUUCUGGCAGCUCUACGGCGACAUUUUCGACGACGUGCACACCGACGACUAUCUGGAGCACUCGGCGUCGUGCAGUCCGACCGACAGCCAGUACACCACAGACAGCCGCUGACUAGCAAAGUGGCGUCGUCCCGAGACGGCCAUCUCACCGUUCAAGACGACGUCGUCUCAGCAAUUGCAGCAGCACGUGUUGCUGCAGUUGCCAGCCAACAACAACACCACCAAUAUCAUCAUAAUGAAUAAGAAGAAAGAGAAGACGCUGUUGAAUACAAACUUUGAGAUGGACGAUCACAAGGACGAUCUUUUUGAUCUCGGACGGCACGAGUACGACGAAUACCACCGAUUCAUGGUAAGCGUUUUUGUAGCUUUUUGAUAAACCACGGUGCUAUUUUCCGUUUGACUGGGUGCCAAGUUGAAAAGUAAUGCAGUUUCAUAAAGAGUAAAAAUUUCGGACGGGAUUUUUGGCGAUUUAGCAAAUUUCAAACGUUUUGUUUAAUCACACGAUUAAAAUCGAAAAGCAAAAACAUGUUAAGCCUCCAGCGCGUUCUCAACCAAGACAUUGUUCAUUUUCAGACCGGAUCAGAAGUGCAGAUGCAGACGGAUUCAUCUCGAAUGUUCGCGUCGGACGUCUCGUUCCUGCCGUCGUUCUCGAUGCACUUCGAUCCGUUUCCAUCCUCGGAAUCGCUCUUUUCGUCGCACUUUUCUCGAUCAGUCGUCCCAAAUCAUUUCGGGUGA